AUGCAACAGAAGAAAGGCCUCUACAUCGCAGCGCGCAACGAACGCGUCAAGCACGGGCUUCAGGUCGCAUAUGCUGAGCAAUUCAAAGGCAACUCCUUAAAUGUCUUCUGCGUAUCUAAUAGUCUCUAUAAGAAGCAAAAUGGAGACGAUCAGGGUGGAAGCAGCCACCUGCUGGUUGCAUUAAGUGGAAUUCGUGACUUGCGUAAAUUCUGUUACUCAAGGGCUGCGGAGGCGAGAUUCCACGACGCCAAACAUUUUCUUCGAGUUUCACUGCCCGGUAUUCUGAAUGCGAUAAGCUUACGCUCCGGGCGUGAGAUGUUCCCAGGAGCGACCAAGCCUUCAGUCAGUUCUGAUCUGACCAACAUUCUCGGCUUCGAAAACAAGAUACUCGUUAAUAUCGAGCAUGCGAAGAGGCAGUUUGAUGAAAUUCUGCGUGAAUUAAUCCUUGAUGUCUUCGAUAAACGCCAUGCAGCCUGGAAUGAAGCCGCCAUUGCUCGGGGCUUAGAGUGGGCCGAGUGGCCACCGUUGGAACACAGCCAGUUCUGCCUUAAUUAUGGCAAGGGUACACGCAUCUCUGGGAAACACAUAAACUGGAAUAGCGAGAUCAUUUGGAAAAUGCGGACAGAGCUCGACUUCCAAUGGGACCUCCUGGAUGAAGAAAUUCCAAAGGUACUCACAGCUCUUCAGGACGUUAGCAUCACAACAUUCAAAGACCUGAAACUACAAUUAGCCCGCAAUGGUUUCCCAUACCCAAUGGUACACAGCAUUGAUCAGCGGAUGGAAGAAAUCAAGAGCGUCUUUGAGAAAUCACGAAAUGAUUUGAAAUCAGAGAUUGGUGCAAUCCGUGCAAAGACGUUGGAGGCUAAUGAGGCUUCCUAUGUUGUGAAUGAAAUGAUGCCUGCCUAUCGUUCCGGGAUGUCGCGUGAAGGCUCGUGUGUCCUUGAAACCAAAACGAAAUUCGGUCAGGAGGUGAUCCAGGAUGUCUUUGCGAGUGAAACUCUCUUCCCUAAUAUCUCCAGGGCAGUUUCCAAGGCUGCGGCAGCUGCAUCCCAAGACGUGUUUAGAGAGUUAACGAUCCCCUUUGCGAAGACGUGGUGUCAUAUCAUAAGUGAUGUCCACUAUAUUCUAGCAAAAGAUGAAAUAGACAUCAAGAACGACGCGCGUAUGAAGCUAGAGGAAAAGCAGUAUCUCGCACAGGUUCAGAGGAAGCUACAGCGCUUGGAAAGGAAGUAUCGGAUUAUUCUCAAAUCUAUUGAGAAAUUCUAA